AUGGCUGGCGCACUGAUAGACAGCAAUCUGCACGGCCUGCAGCUGCUCAACAGGGGCAAGGUCCGCGACGUCUACGCCACCUCCGACCCGAACCUCCUUCUCUUCGUCGCCUCGGAUCGCAUCUCCGCCUACGACGUUAUUCUGCGCAACGGCGUACCGGACAAGGGCAAGGUGCUCACGCAAAUUUCGCUGUUCUGGUUCAAGAAGCUCGGGCAUGUCAUCCCCACACACUUCGUCACGGCGGACAUCAGCGAGAUGCCCGCCGAGGUCCAGGUGCACCGGGAGACGCUCGAGGGGCGCGCGAUGCUCGUGAAAAAGGCCAAGGUCGUUCCGCUCGAGGCGAUCGUCCGUGGAUAUAUCACGGGUUCCGGAUGGUCCGAGUACAAGAAAUCCGGUACCGUCCAUGGCAUUCCGCUCCCGGCGGGCUUGGUUGAGUCGCAACAACUGCCCGAGCCGCUGUUCACACCGUCCACCAAGGCCGAGCAGGGUCAGCAUGACGAAAACAUCUCUCCCGAACAAGCCGCCACCAUCGUCGGCGCGGAGCUCUGCGCCAAGGUCGAGCGCGCCGCGCUCGCACUCUACAAAGAAGCCGCCUCCUACGCGCUUACGCGCGGGCUCAUCCUCGCGGACACCAAGUUCGAGUUUGGGCUUGUCGGCGACGAGCUCAUCCUCGUCGACGAGCUGCUCACGCCCGACUCGUCGCGUUACUGGCCCGCGGCGGAGUACAAGCCGGGCGGGCCGCAGGCGAGCUUCGACAAGCAGUACCUGCGCGACUGGCUCACGCAGACGGGAUUCCGGAAGGGCCUAGAGGGUGGGCCGGAGGGGAGGGAGGGCGAGGGAUGGGUCAUGGAGGAGAGCGUGGUGGAGGGGACGCGGAAGCGGUACUUGGAGGCGUUGGAGAUGUUGACUGGGUCGGGCCUGUAG